GUCAUGAUGUGUGUUUGCAUCUUCAUUCGCAUGCACAAGUCGUUCAGACUGCCCUGGAGUACCUUCGUCCGUUUACUCGGCAGAGGAUCGUAGUUUCAGAACUCGUCCUGUAGCUACACGCAGACCUACCAGACUCGUUCAUCAGACACGAUUACAAACUACACCAGACUACGGCUGCAGGAAGGCAGCAAAGCAGGCUAUGGGGAAGCGUUUGAUCCUAAUGGAAUUUUUAAAAGAAUCUUGCACCAGCAUUUUCGUCAACAGUCGCAGUCUUUGAGAGUGUCAACGUCGAGUACGGUCGAUGGCACCGGCCGAAGCCUGGAGUAGGGACUGCUUUGAUUGGACAGCUCGAGCUCGCCAGUGUCUCUCUGCUGCGGUAGUCAGCGUCUCUUCACGCUAGACCUAGACGCCACCAACUUUGGUCCACGUCUCAGAAAGUACAGAAACUCCACCUCAGAGAUAUGCCGCUAGGCUUUGAGCGUCUUAAUGAACGGGUCAGUCGUCCAAACAAGCUCAUCAAUUUUCUACGGCCUCUUCCCGGUAGCACGGCGCCCACCGCGCAGGAGUUUCUGGAGCGCAUCGCCGCGCAAUGCUACCCUGUCAUGAAAGCAAAUGGCAUCGCCGUCAUGACGCUCGAAGAAUAUCCUUGGAACACGGAGUUUAUAGGCCGUAAUUUCAAUGCCGGCGAAGUCAUCCAGCUCGUUCUGCGCAGCAAGAGCGGCGCCUGGCUGCCUUUCAGGCACGUGCAGCUGACGAUGAUGCACGAGUUGGCACACUGCAAAGAAAUGAACCAUAGUCGCGCCUUUUGGAGGGUGAGGAAUCAGUAUGCAAACGAGAUGAGGGAACUCUGGGCGAAGAAUUAUUCUGGGGAAGGCUUGUGGGGACGAGGCCAGAGCUUGGAGAGUGGAAGGUUUAUGAGCGCGCCGAUGCCAGAUCAGAGCGAGAUGCCGGAGCAUAUGUGCGGCGGUACUUACAGACGGAGAGGUAGGAAGAGGAAACGGACGGGUGAUUCUGAAGGCCCCAGAAACGGAAACCCGCAGCUGAGUUACGCGGAGCGUAAGCAGAGGCGUAUCCACAAGAAGUUCGAGGAACCAGCCGGCAAGGGCGUAACCCUUGGGGACGACGAGAGUGUGCGGGUCAAGCUUGAGAGCGGAAAGAAAGCCAAAGGCAAGCCUCGUGUUGCCGGCAGCAACCGUGGACGAGAACUGCGAGCCGCGGCGGCGCUGGCACGGCUUGAACAGGCGAAGAAGGAGAGCGAGACCAAGAGCGACGACACGGAGAGUGACACGGAAGACGAGUUCGACUGGCCUCCCUCGGACGACGAAUCAGCCGUCGAGCGCGACGGCAAGGCCUUCGUGCGCACGUGCGAGGCCGAAGAUGAGCACGACGACAACGUCAAGCGUGAGUUGGAGGAGCUGUACGAGCUCGGCCUGAUCCCAGAAGCACCCUGCACCGCUGCCAGCUCGCAGCCUCGUCCGGCGACGCCGAAGCGACAGGACAUCCCGCAUGGUGCACCCAACCACCCACACCCUCAACCCACGGCUGCAUCCAAACGGCCAGUUGCCCAGCGCGGCUCCGGCCCAGGGACAGCCACCGGCAACGCGUCUGACCCGGACAAAGGCUCGACCAUUUGCCCCGCCUGCUCGCUUGCGAACGAAGCGUCGGCGAUGGUAUGCGCCGCGUGCUCCAACGUGCUCAGACCUGAGCGCAUGCCGAACCACUGGCGCUGCCAGAGCGACACCUGCCGCGGCGGCGUGUACAUCAACGUCGGCGACUACGGCCGAUGCCAAGUAUGCGAUACUCCAAAGCCCGUGUGAAACCACGCAGAGGACGCAGAGGCUCCUUUCUGUGCUCACAUGCAUAUGCAGUCACGUACAGCAGAGACCCAAUUUUUGUUUCAGCUGUCACGCCUAUAGGUAAAAAAAAGAGCGAGUUGGCCUAAGACAUGUGAUGGAAGGGAAAAAAAAUAAAAAUAAAAAUAAAGGAGAAACGAGAAGCGGAAGGAGUGAAUCGAGUACCAUCUCAUCAAAGCUGACGGGCAAAGAACCUAUGCCAUCUUCUGUACAGACCGUGGCAGUCCCAACCACCCAAAGUACCUGCCCUGAAGAUUCUAACGCGCCUAAAGGAGCGACAGCAGGCGCCAGAACGCCCAUCCAAAUGCGUUUCUCUAGAAGGAAAAAAAAAAAGCUGAGCAGAUAUACCCUAUCUAAAGCGCGCACGACGUCGGGGUCUUCGUUCACGCGUCGUCUCUUGUAUAAUGCCUUGCCAUACCUCUCAUGCAAAACCGGAAAUGAAGGAGACAUAAUCAAAAGGCGCCGUAUUCCUUGUUCUCUUCCAACGUGUAGUCCAGAGCUUGUAAUCUCCUCAGCGCUUCCUUGCCGUCCUCCGUGAGGUCGGGCUUGCCCACGGGCGUAACAGCACCAGUAAAGAAUCGCGGCUAUCGGCUGUGAUCAGCUUCUGCCCAACGUCAAAGAACCUGCAAAAAAUUAAAAAAAAA